AUGAAAUUACUAUCAAAAUUUGAAACAUUACCUCGUUUAAAACUUAUUAAAAUUGCAAUAUUCUUGUCAAUUCUUACAAUUUUAUGGAGUUUAGCUGAAGGUGUAAUCUCGGUUUUUUUCGGUACAGAAAAUGAAUCAGUCAGUUUAAUUUUUUUUGGUAUUGAUUCUUUAGUUGAAGUUACUUCUUCAAGUGUGGUGUUAUGGAGGUUUUUGAAAAAAGAGUCAAGCGUUCAAAAAGAAAAUACUGAGAAUAACUUAAUAUCUGUUGAAAAAAACUCAACCAUUGUAAUUGGCAUAUUGUUUGUUAUACUCGCAAUUGGAACAUUUACGGACGCAAUUAUUACUCUGGCGAAGAAUGGAAAACCUAAUACAUCUAUAUCAGGUUUAAUCAUUUCAUCUGUCACAAUAAGUUUCAUGAUAAUUCUUUGGUUCGUGAAAUUUUCAAUUGCCAAACAACUUAAUUCUUCAGCAAUGAUGUCUGAUGCGAAGUGUAGUCUAUCAUGUAUACAGAUUGCUUUUAUUUUAUUUCUUGGUAGUCUGAUUUACUCUGUUUGGAGAAAUGGUUGGUGGGUAGAUUCUGCUGCUGCUUUAAUUUUAGGGUUAUUGUUUGCAAAAGAAGGUAUAGGAAUGAUUCUAUGGGCAAUGAGUAAAGAUUUCGAUGAAUGUAAAAUCACAGUAAUAUCUGAGAAUAUUGUCGACAAAGACAACGUUAAAGAGGAAGGUUAA